CCUGCAUAGAAUUCAUUGUGCAUCUUUCUGAGAUAGAAUCAAGAUGAAGCUAACAUUGAUUACUUGUGUCGUGCUGUGUUUUGUGAAGCUAUCUUAUCAACUGCCUUACGGAGCCAGAGGAUCAAGUUCAUCACCAAUCAACAAUCAUCAAAGUCCAAUACAGCCUCAAUAUAUAACUGGAACUGAAAGUCAAUUGGGAAACACUUUCAAUAAUCCAUCACCGAAUAAUGGUAAUAGUUAUAAUAACGGUGGAAGAUUUCCAAAUUCAUGGAAAACUGGCAAUUCUGAAGGAUCAGGAAAUUAUGGUGGAGGAUCAAUAGUCUUUCCAGACAAUAACCACGGAAAAUCAUCAAAUCAAGACCAUACUCAUCAUCGAGGUCAAGAAGUGUUAAAUAAUCCAUCAUCAAAUUUCGUUCCAUAUUCAUCAACAGGCUCACAUGGAGUUGGUCAUGGAUAUUCACCAUCUCAAUCAAGCAACACAUAUAAUUCAGGAAUAAAUAAAGGUUUUGGAGGUAAUUCUGCUUCAACAGGGAGCAGAGAUAUUCCAAAUAAUUUUGGUAGCCAGAGCCCAAAUCAAAGAAACCCACAACAUUCAAUUAGUGGUGCUGGUCUUAAUCAAAAUCACAAUCAAAGGGGACAAAGUCAAGGCUCUCAGAACCAGUAUGAAUCACCAAAUGAUUUAAAUUGGAACAAUCAAAAACUGUUCAGAAAUCAAGGAGGUUUCAAUGGUUUAAACUCGCAAGGAAAUAUCAAUCCAGGACAUAAUUUACGUCCUAGCUCAGGUUAUGAUAGAUCAAACAAUCUCAACUCAAAUGGAUUUCCAACAUUGAACAAUGACGCCUUUGAAAAAUCAGAAAGUUUUUCUAAGGGACACAAUAGCUAUUCACAAACCUCAGCUAAUACUGUUUCUUUAACUCAGACCAGUGUUCCAUCAUAUGGUUAAAAAGAAAUCACAAAAUUGCAUAUUUGUAAUUAUGAAAAUUAAUUUAUAAAAUAUUUUGAAAUUUUAAAAGCAAAAAUAGCAUUAACUUCAUAUUCCUCCUUGUGUCAAAUGAAAUAAAAAUGAAAAUGAAGAAGAAUUCGAAUAUCUACUUAUUAGAUAGCACUGAAAUAUAAUGAAUUGAUAAAAUGAUUUUUACUUCAGAUUGAAUAUGAAAGAAUAAAUUAAAUUACAAAAAUUAGUACAAUAAUAUUUUUAAACAGUGAAAUUAGGCAAGAAACUCAAUUGAAUCAAAGAAAAGUUGAUUUCGUCGAUUCAUCAAAUAGUUUGCAUGCCUACAGAAAUUGUUAGCGAGUUAGUGUUACAAUCAAAAGAAUGUAGGAAAAAAUUAAUUAAAUUUAGUGAAAAUGAAGUUAAUUAUAUUAAACAGAGGAAAUAAGUUUCUAUUUCGCUUUCGAAAAAUAAAAAUAGUUUCAUUUAAUCAAUCAAAA